GUUACGCCUUACCGUACACCUACAUAUUUGAGGACUGCCGAAGACGGUAAAACGGCAGGCGCGGUGCAGCACUUUGAACUCACCAAUGUGGCGGCGGCCUAUUGGCCACAAUGACCGGACCGUUGUCGUCAUCGAUACUGACUUCUGCCUCUUCCAGCAACAGGCCCAUACGUCAUAGGCACAGGUACAGUAAACAAAAGAAGCUGAAGCUCCCGAAAUGAUUCAUGAACACACAUUUUCAAUUAUCUGAAUCACUUCAACUCUCUGCAAUCACCUAAUCACAGGCAAAUAAUCAAAGAACCCAAGCCGGAAGUCUUAGCUGAAUCACCAAUAUCUGGAAAAGAAAAAUUCCAAAAUGACAGACAAGGGACAAUUCGAGAAGGGCCACAACAUCCCGGUCACUCAUCAGAGCUUCCCCGGCAUGGAGACCGAGAUGCCGAACCCGCAGCCCCUGUGGGAUGAGAUUCCUACCGCUGACGGGAAGAGCCAGAAGUACCGCGCUGCCGGAAAACUCAAGGGCAAGAAGGCCAUCAUCACCGGAGGGGACUCUGGCAUUGGGCGCGCGAGCGCCAUCCUCUUUGCCAUGGAGGGAGCCGACUCAGUCAUCGCAUAUCUUCCCGAGGAGGAGGAGGAUGCGCAGGAAACCAAGAGAAGGGUUGAGGCAUACGGUCAGAAGUGCCACUUGGUGUCUACAGAUCUCCGCGACAGGGAAAACUGCAAGAAACUGGUUGAUGAGGCUGUCAAGAUCUUCAAUGGCCAAAUCGACAUCCUUUUCAACAACGCUGCCUACCAGAUGGUAGUCGAUGACAUUAAGGAUCUGUCAGAAGACCAGUGGAUCAACACCUUCAACACCAACAUUCACCCCUACUUCUACCUGGCCAAGUAUUCUUUGCCAUACAUGAAGCGCGGAAGCACUAUUAUCAACAACGCCAGCAUCAACGCCUACAUCGGUCGUCCCGACCUUCUCGAUUACACAUCCACCAAGGGCGCAAUCGUGGCCUUCACUCGCGGCCUGAGCAAUCAGCAGGCUGGAAAAGGCAUCCGCGUCAAUGCUGUUGCCCCCGGACCCGUUUGGACACCUCUCAUCCCAUCAACCAUGAAGAGAGAGAACCAGGAGCAGUUCGGAUCCACACCCUUGGGUCGUCCUGCUCAGCCUAGUGAGGUUGCUACUGCAGUUGUCUUCUUGGCCAGCGAGGAUAGCAGCGCUUUCAGUGGGCAAACGUUGCACCCCAACAUGGGAACUGUCGUCAGCGGUUAAGUCAAUAACGGCGGUUAGUCACGAAGAGAGGCUUCGGAUGAGUCGACGUUGCAUUAUCACAGGCUGUGGUUCAUGAUGAAGGGUGGAUAAGACAACUGAACCACACGGAAGUCAACUGUUUGAGGGAGAGCAGACGGAAUGAGAAAGGUAUCAGCAUUCACAGCGAUACCUCUUGAUGGUUUCGGUCUAGCUCAACUCCCAUCGGAGAUCCAUAUCGAUGCAUACUCAAAACAUCCACUUGGUAUUGCCCUCGGAUAGUGAAGAGUACCAACAAUUUUCAUUCACUACGAUCUUAGAAGACCAUGGGCUGGCCCAAUCGAUAGAAGGUUUAUUUAAUACCACUGCUGUUUUGACUCUGUUUUUACUAGGAUAUGACAGCCAAUAUGACCACUGAGCAAUCCCACCAACACAUGUCAUAUGUUUUCAGCAUGCUGAUUUACACACCUUUCCCAGCCGUGAUCAAUAUAGGAAUACCCGUAUUGGUUGCACUUCUUACAGUUCCGACAUUUAAAUACCUGCUUGCCAGGAAGAUGAGUCUUACGAGAGGAUAUGCGCCUUUGAGUGGAGGUGUGGCCGAUACAGCACACUAUCGAGACCGGAAUGGUGACGCAACAGAGGCAUCGACAAGGGCCUUUGUGGAUUUCCGCUCUAUGCUCACACUUUGGUUAGGAGUGCUGACAAAUUUGGGAGCAUCCAUGACGGUCAAACUGAUACCUACCUUGAACUCUCAAGACUCCAGGGCGAUCUUUAUUGACAUAUCCAAGCUCUCGUCAUGGGAAGAGAUUCUGUUAGCUGUAUGUACCAUCAUAUCAAAACCAGCACUUCCAAGUUCGGGCAAGGAUCAAUGAGCUUAACUCAGUUGUCCAGGGACUCUUAUGUUUACAGUGCGCC